GCCGUUUCUGUGAUAGCCGCCAAACUGUGCCGUUCGCUGCGCAAGGUGACCACGCCGCUUUCUGGACUGUCGCUUCGUACGGCAAGCGCGCAGCACGCCACUCCGCACGCAGCCUGUACUGUACGUGUGCUUAUUCAUGGCAUGGACGACCGCACGCCAAGUUUCGCCCGAGACGCCAGCGCUCGUUUCUCCCCUGGCGGCACGGUUUCCCUUCCCACGGGUGUAUGCUUCCGCCGCUUCCCUUCGCUCGCGCUGAGCCAGAGGAGGCUCAGGCUGAGCUCGCGCUGCACGCGAGAAGGCUUUUGUUUGCGAUGGCGCCUCGCCGGAAGACUGGUGAUUACUGUUGUGUUGUGAACUGCCAUAACAGCAAUGUGAACACGAAGGGGCUGCAGCCUCCAGUGGAAUUCUACCGAUUCCCCACUAAAUGGUACGAGAAAGGCAGACGACAGAUGUGGAUUACCGCAGUGCGCCGAACAAAUGCCGAUGGAAGUCCGUGGUCGCCAACAGAGAGUACAAGGAUUUGCAGCAGACAUUUUGUGGGCAACUGCAAAAGUAACUGCAGCCAACACCCGUCGUAUGUGCCGACCAUUUUUCCGGCGGCGUACAAGAAACGGACACCUGACCCAGAAGUGGCGCAGAGGUGGAAACGGCGGUCUGUAAGGGCAGCCAGAUCAGUGCAAAAUGCUGUGUAGCAGGCUGUGCCUCAAAGUACUCCUCAAGUUAGCCCACCAA